AUGGAAAUUGAAAAAGAAAUCAUUAAACUGUCAUCUUGCUAGAAAUUCUUACUAAUUUAAAGUUUUAGAACAUUGAUCAAUAUAAUUGAUUUGGAGAAUUUUAAACAGAAGCAAAUCAACUUCAGAGAUGCUGAAAUUUCAUUUAUUGAUUACUUUGAAAAUGAAUUACUUGUGGGAGACAAAUAAGGAAAAUUUUAUUACAAGAAUGAAUCAUUUUAAGUGCACUCUAGUUAAUUUUUAAAUGGAAUAGUUAAAGACGGAAUGCUAUUAUCUUUGGGUUCAGAUGGUUUACUAAAACAAACCAAUAUCAAAACUUUUUAAUGCUUAUACUCUAGAUAAUUGUCAAAUCAUAUUAAGGAGGGUGCCUUGUUUCUUUUGAGUUCUCAUGUCUUGGUUCAGUUCGGCUAAAAGAUUGCAUUAAUCAACUUAGAAAAUGAUGUAAAAGAUUGUUAUAAUAUAGGUGAUAGAAACGAAGGACCUUUGAUAGUCAAGACAAAUAACUUAUCAAGGGACUAUUUCUCUGUCCUAGGCAAGGAAGGUUUGCUGAAGAUAUUCAAAUUAGGAGAGAGUUCAGAAGCAAUAUUAACUAUUGAAAUUGGAAUCUAUGAAAAUUAUGAACUAUUUUAUAUGGCUAAGAAAACAACAGUUCUUUUUUGGAAUCAAGAUAGCAUAUCAGGGUAUGUUUUUGAAAAAGAAUUGAAUAAAUAAUAUGAAGUGAAAAUAAAUAAUUUAUAAUCUGUUUUAUAAGGAGAAAGAUUAUUAAUUGUAUAUGAUAAUAUAAGCAAUCCUAAAUUAAAAUAGAUAAACAAUAUUGAGUGCUAAAAGUUCAAAUCCUUAUACUAAUAAGAAUAAUUAUUAAGAUUCAAUGAAUUGCAAUAAUCAAAAUAACUGGAAUAAUAGCAAAAUAAGUAACAAUAAAAUCCUAUUCCAAUUGCUUUUUAUGAUUUUGCUUACUUUAAUAAUCAAGCCUCUAUCGUGAUGGAAGAUAAAAAUGAGCCAAAAAAGGUUACAAGUGAAUAAAAUUUGAUUAAUGUGCUUAAAUAAUCAUUAAUUGCAAAGGAUAAGGCUUAUUUAGAAUAUGCUUUAGAGAGAACUCUUCAAAGUGGUAUUUCCGAAUCUGUGAAUAGUUUGCAGCUUGAACAAUUACAAGAGUUGUAGCAUUUCAUUGUAGAUAAAUUGAUAAGUUAUCCUGAAUAAACAAAGAAGUAUUUGGAUUGGAUUAAAGCAAUAGUGAAGAGAGGAGUUGGAGAUUUCUCUAAAUUGUAUUAUCUUUUGGAAGAGCGAACAAAAUCAAUUAAUAAAUUAGAGGCUAUCUGUUCAAAGAUACAAUUUAAUAAGUUGACUCAGAAACCAAAGCAAGAUAAAGAUUAUAGAAAACAAUAACAUACUAUUUAUGAAGAAUAAUAGAAUGAUGUUACUAUAAUUUAAGGAACUCUCGCUGAAAAACAGAUUGUUGAACAUAACUAGGAUGAAGAAUAGCCUGCCUAAAUUGAAGAUGAUUUCAAUUAAGCUUAUAUUAAACAUAAAUAAGAACUCAGAUAAAAGGCUUAUGAAGAUAUAGAGGAGGAAGCAUAUAAUGAGGAAGAUAUAAAAUUUUGA